AUGAUUGAAUCUUUCUUCCUUCUUUUAGUUUUGUUUAAAAUUCAUUCAUUUGCUCAAUGUAGUUAUGGAUGUUCUGAUAAAUGUAUUGCUUUAUUUACAUGUAAUACAUGUAAAGAUGGUUCUUGUCUUAAUUGUAUUAAAAAUGAAGUUAAUUUUAAAGAAAUAUAUUUACAAAAUGGAACAAAAUGUCAACGAUUCGAUAAAAUAAUUUCGAAAACAAAUUGGCUUCCUUCUAAUUUAAUUCAAAUAAAAAAUGGAGAAUAUAAAGUAUUAAAUAUUAAUGAGUCGAGUUAUAUUGAUUAUGGUCCUUGUUCAUUUCCAAAUAAUAAAUAUCGAUUAUCUCAAUGGGUUGCAAUAAAUAUGUCUUCAUUUCAAAUAAAUAAAAUUAUUGUUAUUUCAAUAAAAAGAAAAAAUUAUAACAAUUUAGAUUUUAAUCCUAUUCUUUAUAUCGAUUCUACAAAUUCAUUAUCAAAUACUUCAUUUCCUUAUUGUUUUACAAGAACAAAACUUUCUAAUGAAUCAGCUUCAAUUUCAUUUCCUAAUCUUUUCAAUUCUAUUCCAUUUAUUUAUCUUUAUUUUUCUAUUGAUGGUAUUAAUUCAAUUCAAUUUGAAGUAUCUGUUUCUGAUCAAUUAAAGAAUAUUACAAUUCCAUCUUUUCAUUUAUUUGAAAAUCAAACUACUCAAAUGUAUUUUAAUACUACUCUUCAAUAUUCAUUUACUUUUGAUUUAAUACAACAAAGUCAUUAUAGAUUAAUUAAUUGUAUUAAAACAACUUUAAUAAAAAUUGCAUUAAUUACAAUAGAAAUGAAUGGAGAUUAUACUUUAAUUAUUGAUUCAUUACAUGAUGAUAAUGAUCUUUUUCUUAUUGAAAUAAAUCCUUUAACAGAAAAAUGUAUAAAUAUUUGGUUUGGAAAACAAUAUUCUUUUGAUACUUUAAAUAAUCAACGUGGUUUAUUUAUUUCUUUAAAUGCUUCUCUUUCUUUAAAAAGAAGAACAUUUUUUAUUGGAACAAAAAAUCAUUUAUAUAAUCCAAUAAUAACAUUUAAAGUAAUUUGUCCUGAUCAUUGUAAUCAAAAAUAUGGAAAUGGAUAUUGUUCUAAAUAUGAUAGUAAAUGUAUUUGUAAUGAAAGUUUUGGAGGAAGUGAUUGUCAUAAAAAGUGUUGGUAUAAUAAUCAAUGGACAAUAGGAAAUGGUGAAGGAUUUUGUUAUUUUGGUGAACUUCAUUGUAAUGAAUUUUGUAUUUGUGAAGAAGGAUAUAUUAAUUUUAAUCAUUAUUGUAUUACACAAACAUGUUUAGAUAAUAUAAAAGAUCAUAAUAAAGGAAUUGAAUGUAUUAGAGGGAAUUUACAUUGUUUAAAUAAUUGUUCAUGUGAAAAUGGAUAUACUAAUAUUUCAUCAUUUGAAUGUAUAAAAAAUGAAUGUGGAAAUGGAGAAUUAGAUGAAGGAGAAGAAUGUGAUUCAGUCCCAAAUUGUAAUAUUUAUUGUAAAUGUAAUGAAGGAUAUAUUAAAGAUACAAUCAAAAAUAAAUGUAAUGAUAUUCAAUUAGAAUGGUGGAUAUAUAUAAUUAUUUGUAAUGGAAUUAUUUUAUUAUUUAUUAUGUUUAUUAUUAUUGUUAUUCUUUUAUCUCAUUACCUUUUUAAAUCUAAAAGAAAAGAUAAUAAUGAAUAUAUUCAACAACAACCAAUGUAUUAUCUUAAUCUUACUCAUUCUAAAAAUUUAAAUAUAUUUGGUUCUAAAACAUUAAUUAAAUAUUCUCUUCAUCCUCAUAACUUGGAUUUUGGAAAUAAAACUAGUCCUACAAAAAUUCAUGAAACUCAUUUUCAAUCUAUUAAAAUACAAAAUAAAUCAAAUACUAAAUGGAUGAUGAUAAUAUUUCAUACAACAAAUACUCCUAAAUUUAUUAUUCAUUUCAAUCCUCAAGUAAUAUUUCUUCAUCCUUUUAAUAAUUCAAUUAAAAUUAACGUUUCUUUAACACUUAAUUGUACAACAAAAAUAAGAAAUACAAAAAUUCCAUAUACUGUUUGGUUUUCUUCAUCAAAAAAGACUUUACAAUGUAUUGAAUUAUUAUUAAAAAAUAAAACAAUUGAAACUUGGACUCAAAAUAAUCAACUUGAACUUUUUUAUUAUUUACGUUCAAUUCCAAUUAGAUAUCAUAGUAAUUUAAUAAUUAAAACUGAUGCUGAAUCAUCAUUAUCAUUAGACCUUGAUGAAUUAAAUAUUCAUGACACUAUAUAUUCAGAAUCAAAUUAUGUUCAUAAUUAUAUUGGAUAUUAUCGUGCUGUUCCUGUUUUUAUUAAACAAUAUCGACAAUCAGAUUAUUCUCAACAACAAUGGCAAUUAUUAAAAUAUGAAAUUAAUUUACAAUAUAUAACAUUAAGCAAAUUAAGAAAUCCAUUUAUUGUUAAUUUUAUUGGUUCUGUUAAUUAUACUAAAGAUAUUUAUAUUAUUACUCAAUUCUUUAUAUUAGGUUCUUUAAGUCAAUUUAUUCAAAAUAAUUCUAAUGAAAUUAUAUUAAAAUUACCUUUUAAAUUAAAAAUUAAAAUAAUGAAAGAUAUUGCUAAAGGAGUACAAUUUCUUCAUUAUAAUAAUAUUCUUCAUCUCAACUUAAAACCAAAUAAUAUUUUAUUAAAUUCUUUAUUUGAUAUGUCAAAUUGUUGUGUUAAAGUUACUGAUUAUUGUUCAUCACCUAAAUUACUAACUAUUAGAGAAUUAUUAAAUCAAUCAAGUAUUUAUUAUAAUGCACCUGAAAUUUUUGAACAUUACUUUUAUAAACAAAGUGAUUCUUUUUCAUUUUCUAUUAUUUGUUGGGAACUUUUUUAUCAACAAAAGUAUUUCAACAAAAAUUUCAAUUAUCAAAAACCUAAAAAAAAUAUUCCUGUCUUUGUUCGUCCUCAUUUUGAUGAUUCAAUUCCUUUUCCUUUAAAAAAUCUUAUUCAACUUUGUUGGAAACAAAUUUAUACUGAACGUCCUUCUUUUGAUUUUAUUGUCAAUAGUCUCAAUUCUAUCUUUCAUACCCCUAACAAUUAUGAAAUGUUAGAUAAUGAAGUUGAUUGUAUUGCUUUAUCUGAUUUUAUUAAUGAAAAACAACAACAAUUUUGUUUCGAAAUGAUGAUUCAUUGA